UGCUCAAGUGGAGCUUCCUUGGUUUCUUCUCUGAAAUUGAUUUUCACCUAUACCUUCUCUAUAAAAAUGGAGAAGGAAAGGUUCGUUGGUUCUUUCCUGACAGGAUUUUUUUUCCCCAGCUCUACAGUAAAUGUUGAGAAUUUUUAAGAUGCUUCCUUAUCCUUAGAAUCUUAAGAUGCUUCCUAUAUACAACCUCACCUGGCAGGCAAGCAGGCAAUCACCUGAUAUGGUGGUAGAUAAUGUUUGAAUAUGGGUGUGCUGUUCUUUAUGAAUCAGGUAUGCUGUUGAAAAACUUGUGAGUGUGCCACUAUAUAAAUCAGAUAUUUGUAAAUGUAUUACUAGUGGCUUGUUCUCCUAAGAUACAAGCAGGUGUUUCAUUGGACUAAAUAGAACAUUAUUCAGGAAGCUAAUCUAUAGAGAAAACAGCCCAUUUUUGAAUAUUCACAUUAAUGUACAGAGCAGCAAUGUUAAUGCAUUUUCUUCAUUAUACUUAGUUUUGACAUUACUGAAAAUCUGUUUCUGCAGAUCAUAAGUGUACUGUACACUCAUUGUGGGUCAGAGGCACCAAGUGAUAGAUUGUUGUACCUCCAUCCAUAUAGAUCCGGAGUGAAUCCUGUUUUGAAGUCUAUUUAAUAAACAUGAGCCUUUCCCCCUUUAUUUGGAGGUUUUAGGGGUAAAGAUUUACCUUCACAGUAUGAGCUCUCACUCCCCCCCCCCCACACAGGGUUUCUCUGUGUACUUUGGAGCCUGUCCUAGAACUUGCUCUGUAGACCAGGCUGGUCUUGAACUCACAAAGAUCCGCCUGCCUCUACCUCCCAAGUGCUGAGACUAAAGGCAUGCAUCACCACUGCCCAGCUAAACUAAGGGAAUUUUAAGAAUAUCUCUUUUAUCCGAAAAGUUUUGGUCAUAUUAUUAUUGAGCCGGUAUGUGGCUCAUGCCUUGCUAUGUAGACUGGGCUGCUCUGAAACUCACUUUGUAGCCUAUACUAGCAUCAAACUUGGAGUCCGUGUGUCUCAUCUUCUGAAUGUUGAGAUUACAGAUGUGCUCCAUUGUCCCUGGUUCCAAAAAGUCUUGUAAUAUUUAUUUAUUUCUAUUUCAUAUGUAUGGGUGUUUUGGCUGCAUGUAUAUCUCUGUACCAUAUAUGUGCCUGGUUCCCAGGGAGGCCAGAGUAGGAUGUUGGAUCUCUGGAACUGGAGUUAUUGAUGGUUGUUAGCUGCCUUGUGGGUGCUGGGAAUCAAAUUGGAGUCUUAUGGAAGAACAGGUAGUUAUCUUAACUGCUGCGCCAUCUCUGCAGCCCCGUCCCCCAAAAAACUGUUUUAAGAUAGCUGUUACUUGGAUUAUUCUGGGAGAUCUAAUUUGAACCUCAUCUUUGAUUUCAUAGCAAAGAUCCAACAUAAGCCAGGUGCUGUGGUUUGGUUGUGGCUUAAAUGUGUUGUCUAAAGAGUCACGUUUUGGAAGCUUGGUCUCCAGAGGAGUGAUGUUAAGAUGCGGGGCUCUUUGGCUUCCUGUGAUCUCUUCCUCUUGCUUUCUUCUUACAGAUUGUGAUGCUACCUGUCAUGAGGGUCGCUAUGUAGUCCUGGCUGUCCUGGAACUCACCACAUAGAGCAGGCUGGCCUCAGUUCAAAGAACUCUUCCCACUUCUGCCGCCUGAGUGCUGAGAUUAAAGGCAUAAGUAUUAUAAUGACAAUGGAUUUUCCUGGUCAUUUUGAGCAGAUCUUUCAGCAGCUGAACUACCAGAGACUUCACGGCCAGCUCUGUGACUGUGUCAUUGUAGUGGGGAACAGGCAUUUCAAAGCCCACCGCUCCGUGCUGGCGGCAUGCAGCACGCAUUUCCGAGCUCUGUUCUCUGUGGCAGAGGGAGAUCAAACCAUGAACAUGAUCCAGCUAGAUAGUGAGGUGGUGACAGCAGAGGCCUUUGCUGCACUGAUUGACAUGAUGUAUACCUCCACCCUCAUGCUGGGGGAGAGCAACGUUAUGGAUGUCUUAUUGGCAGCCUCUCACCUGCAUUUGAACUCCGUUGUUAAGGCAUGUAAACAUUACCUGACAACAAGGACGCUGCCCAUGUCUCCCCCUGGUGAGCGUGUUCAGGAGCAGAGUGCUCGCAUGCAGCGCUCUUUCAUGCUGCAGCAGCUGGGACUGAGCAUUGUGAGCUCAGCCCUCAGUUCCAGCCAGGGUGGCGAGGAGCCGCCAGCCCCCAUGAGCUCAUCCAUGCGCAGCAACCUGGACCAGCGGACACCCUUCCCCAUGAGACGCCUUCACAAGCGCAAGCAGUCUGUGGAGGAGCGGGCCCGGCAGCGCCUCCGGUCCUCCGUGGAUGAGUCUGCCAUUUCAGAUGUCACUCCAGAGAGCGGCCCUUCGGGAGUGCAUUCUCGGGAGGAGUUCUUUUCACCAGAUUCUCUGAAAAUUGUGGAUAAUCCUAAACCCGAUGGGAUGGCUGACAACCAGGAAGACAGUGCUAUGCUGUUUGAUCGGCCGUUUGGUGCCCAAGAAGAUGCCCAGGUGCCCAGCCAGUCAGAUGGCAGUGCUGGCAACAUGGCCUCCCGAGCAACUCAAGUUGAAACUAGCUUUGAACCAGAAGCUGUAGCAGAGAAGGGCAGUUUCCAGUGCGAGAACCCUGAGGUCGGCCUUGGGGAGAAGGAGCACAUGCGAGUGGUGGUCAAGUCGGAGCCCCUGAGCUCUCCCGAGCCGCAGGACGAAGUGAGCGACGUGACCUCCCAAGCAGAGGGCAGCGAGUCGGUGGAAGUGGAAGGAGUGGUGGUCAGUGCCGAGAAGAUAGACCUCAGCCCUGAGAGCAGCGAUCGGAGUUUCUCAGAUCCUCAGUCCAGUACGGACAGGGUCGGGGACAUCCACAUUUUGGAAGUCACAAAUAAUCUAGAACAUAAGACCUCUUUUAGUAUUUCAAAUUUUCUCAACAAGAGCAGGGGGAAUAACUUCAGUGCAGGUCAGAGCACCGAUGAUAACAUCCCAAACACCACCAGUGACUGCCGGCUGGAGGGCGAGGCCCCUUACUUGCUGAGUCCAGAGGCUGGGCCUGCAGGUGGGCCUUCCUCUGCCCCUGGUUCCCAUGUGGAGAACCCAUUCAGUGAGCCUGCAGACUCCCACUUUGCCAGGCCUAUGCAGGAGGUGAUGGGCCUGCCCUGUGUGCAGACCUCAGGCUACCAAGGAGAACAAUUUGGGAUGGAUUUUUCCAGGUCUGGCUUGGGUCUCCACUCUUCCUUCUCCAGGACAAUGAUGGCUUCCCCAAGAGGAGGAGCCAGUAACUUUCCAUACUACCGCCGCAUAGCUCCCAAAAUGCCGGUUGUAACUUCCGUCAGGAGCUCCCAGAUCCCUGAAAACUCUGCCAGUUCCCAGCUAAUGAUAAACGGGGCCACCUCAUUUGAAAAUGGCCACCCUUCUCAGCCUGGCCCUCCGCAGUUGACCAGGGCAUCUGCUGAUGUCCUGUCAAAGUGCAAGAAGGCCUUAUCAGAGCACAAUGUCUUGGUUGUGGAGGGGGCUCGAAAGUACGCCUGCAAAAUCUGCUGUAAAACCUUCCUGACUCUGACAGACUGUAAGAAGCAUAUCCGGGUUCACACGGGUGAGAAGCCCUACGCCUGCCUCAAGUGCGGCAAGAGGUUCAGCCAGUCCAGCCACCUGUACAAACACUCAAAGACCACCUGCCUGCGCUGGCAGAGCAGCAACCUCCCCAGCACCCUGCUCUAACUGCUGUCCUUGUGGACAGUCCAGGGGCAAGGUCUGGACUGAGGUGAAAGUCGCUCUCGGCAGGCAGCUAAGGCCGCUGGACUGGAGGCCGCAGCUGGCCGGUGGCUCCUGGAAUUUCAGCCCGUAGUAAGCAGAGGACUGUGAGGUGCGGCAUGCACAGCGCUGCCUUUGAGUGAGGUGUCACCAGGGAAACUGACGUGAGCGCCGGAACCCAGGCCUUCCUCAGGGGUGAGGAAUGCAGUCGUAGUUUGUCCUUGAUGGUAAGAGUGGGAAGCUGGAAACAUUGUAACACUAUUUUAAAGCCCUGGGAAGCGUUAAUUAAAUUUCCUACAUCCUCUGAUGGGAGUAUUCCAGCCCUGUACAGAAAUGCAAAACAUACGUCUGUGUAACCAGGUAACUUGGUGCUGUCUGGAAAAAAAGGCCCUGGAGGGCAAGCCUGUCUGCCACAGAUGCUUUAAAGUGUAUCCUGAGCUAGUCCUAGGCCUCAGAAAGUACUGUAUUUGUUUUUUUUAAUCUGAGUUGCAGUCACAGACACUGCCCUCUGAUGGUGCUGGCACUGGGUCCAGGUAAACAUGCCCUUGGACAACAGGUGUAUAGUAUAUACUUUUGAAUCAUCUCUGUGGAGUAGGUGUUUUUAAUAAUUGUUUUUCUAGUCUUAAAAACAGUUGUAGUGGAGUAUGUACCUGUAUGGAGUGACAGUGGGUGUUUCUGUACGUGCUGUGUUAGCAGUGUUGAACCAAUGUAUUGCCGAUGCUGUAGUUGUUUGAAGUCAGGAGGAAGCCAGUGUCUGUCUUCGUUCUGGCGAUACAGCGUCCUGUUUUGUGGGUUUUCCUGGUGCAUUUGCCUUUCAUUCCACCCAGAUGGCCAAGGCACAGCCACCCAAGAUCAGCUGCUCUGCUUUGUCACUUCUCACUCCCAAGCUCCCUAGACCAUCUCUCCCGGCGGAACCAGCUGAACUAACCACAGCAGCCAUGGUUUAUUACUGCUCUGCUAGGCUGCUAAAGCUACCCCUCAGCUGUCAGCAGUGUCCUCUUUAACAGUCCUCAGUGGUUAGUUAUUUAAACCUAAAUGUGGUGGUGUCCAUGACUCAGCGCUUUCCAGGCUUUGGAAGAGUUAGGUAGCCCACAGCACAGAACUCACCAGAAACAUCCAAGGCUCUUGGGGAGGCAUUCGGUUCCCUGUCCAGGAUCUCGUGUCCUCCGUCUGCCUUGCUGUCAGGGCUGCUGCAUCUUGGCGUGCACCCAGGGAGCAGCAUGGGCCUGUGCGUAUCUGUAGGCUCGUUUACUUCAUUCAUGGACAAGAAUUCCUGGUUUUCUUUCAUAAAUCAGAGAUACCAAACCAUUGUGCAUAGUUCAGAGAAGUUCAGUCAAGUGUAGAAAGCUAUGUAUUUCUGUAUUUCCUACAACAAAAAUGAGUGUGUGUCUUCUCUUGAGCUAGUGUGACCAUGAAUCUGUGGAUAGACCUGUCAUGUUCUGAGAGAGCAUGGCAUCUGAACUGAUUCCUAGGGAAGAAAGCCCAAUGGAAACCUGGACCCUCCUAAGCAGGUGUGUGAGAGAGACACCAUUGGAAGCAAUAGGGUCACUUGAGAAACUGCUGUGUGGCUUAUUGUCAUCAGUCCUGUUGAGACAUGAUGGGGGUGGGUCUGUAUCCACCUUCAUGGUGUGGGGACCAGUGGGAGUCGUGGGUCAGCAUGGAGAAGCAGAGAUGCCCUGCUGGGUGAGGAGCCAGUGUCACAGCAGAGAGGCAGUCCCCUGCCAUCCUGUGUCAAGGAUGUAGUGUUUGGAGUCUGCCCCUCACCUCAGCUUGGAUACAGAUGGAUUGGCUUUGGGGCCUGUCCCUGGCGCAUGAAGGAGCCUGCCUCUCCACAGCUGGAUGGACCUGGAAUCUCAUCUACCUCGUAGUCGGUCUCUACGUGUGAGAAGCAAGCUUGCAGGCCAGUGUCCUCCAACAUGCUGUAGCACUUAAAGAUUUCCAUGGGUCCCUGGGGAACUAGACCCAGGGUUGCUGUGACCUCGAGUUCUACUGGGAUUCUAACUGGUACUGGGGACCUGACUUUUGAUUUUUGUAGCCUUAAUUCUAGCCUGGCAUAAUCAUGUACAAUCUUCUGGAGACGGCAUCAAGUGUAGAGGCACCCUGUUGGUGCUAAUGCUGGUUAAAACAGAUUUUGAAAUAAAAAAUUUGUCAUA